AUGGCACCAGAAACCACUAAAUCCUCCAGGAAGUCAAACUCCAGCUCCAAGCCGGGCAAAAAGUCGACCAGCCUAGUGGAGUCCAUACUCAGCGGUGCAUUCCACAAAGACGAGUCAUCGUCAUCUAGAUCUUCCAAACGUCGCGAGGGGAAGGUUUCAAAGGAUUGUACUACGUCCGAGUCAAAGGAUCACAACUCUGGUACCAAGUAUGGAACUAAAAGUACUAAAUCUACAAGUUCGAAAACUUCCAAAGCAGCCAAGUCCACCCAUGCAUCAUCAGACACUUUCCUUGAAAGUGUAUUCUUCAGAAAUGAGUCUCAAGCACCGCCGAGUACAAGCACUCAUCCACUACAGCCAUCUCAACCAUCUCAACCAGCUAGUACGAAGAUAAUCUCCUCGCCACCUUCAGGACCACCUCAAGACCACCAACAUUCCAAGCCUUCCGCAACAAGCAUGAAGAGUGUACACGUAACCGAGAAGGACAAAGAAAUGGCCAAAAAACAACUCAAGAUAGAGGAACUUUCAGAGAAAGAACUCGAAGAACAAGAGACGUGGGCACUGGAAAAGUUGAUCCAGUGUGGCCGUUGCCCUCAGAACUGGGGCUGGGAAAGAUAUACCGCGCCAGCUGGAUAUGAGAAAUACAAUGGCUACCGAUGUUGCGGUUCCCCUGUGCCAGGAGCCAGGCAUGUACAUAUGAUCUCCCAUGAGCUCUUGGCGGAGGGGAAAGGUGGACUUUAUAUUUUAUCUCUUACAACGAACUGGUGGGAUGGACCUUUCUACCCUGGUGAUCAUGAGAAUGCCUUUGCUUUUCAAGUAACACCUUUCAGCCAGACCGUGAACAUUCAGCAAAUGGCACCUGGACAGCAGCAAAUACAAAGCACACUCAGCACCAAUGAUAAUCAUAGUAUCACAGUAGCCCAGAAUACCGCAGCUGGAACACAGAUGCAGUUUCAGCAGAUGCAAAAUAUGUUUGCUCAACUGUUCCCCGGAACACCUCAACUCCAAUUUCCGUCCAGCCCUCCACCGCUUUUCAAAAGAUAG